AUGGACGAUAUCCUGCGCCAAGAGUUUAAUGCAGGACGCGAGUUAUUCUUGCAGGAGAAAUACGAUGAAGCUGAGGAGAUUUUUCGGCAUGUCGUAGAGGAUUUUAAAAGGAAUCGUAGAGCAGAUAAUAAAAGAGAUCGUAGAAGAGAUCGCAAAGCUACUCUGGAGAGCAAGUUCUGGUUUGGAGUCACGCUUUCUGAACAGGAAAAGUAUGAUGAAGCUGAGAAGCUGCUUCAACAAGUCGUACAGGGAAGGGAUAAAUCCCCUGGACCAGAUCACAAAGACACUCUGUGGAGCAAGUACUAUUUGGGGCGUACGCUUCUAGACCAGGGAAAGUACAACAAAGCUGAGCAAAUAGUGCAACAAAUAGUGCAGCGAGAAGGAACAGUGGAUCAAAACUACAAUGGCAUGGGUGAAGCCAAGUACAAGCUGGGGCGCAUAUACUAUGAGCAAGAGAAGUACAUCGAGGGUGAGGAUAUGCUACGACAAGCUGCACGAGAGUUGGAGAAAUCGAACGGACGGGACAAUAGCGAAACGCUUGGGGCUAAGGACUUGCUAUUGGCAACACUCAGAAAGCUUGGAGAGGACAGUGAAGCCGAGAAAAUGCUUUCAGAUGUAGUGCCGCGGAUGGAGAGUAUGAAGGUCAUCGUCGACGAAGACCACGAAGACACAUCAAAACCCUUAGAUCUGCCACAAGCUCUGGACACGGAUGGCCCCUUGCUCUCGUCGACGGAGGCAACCGCCCAUCAGGGGCUAACAGGCCUACUGGACAGUUACUUCCCAAAUGAACAUCAAGACCCGGAACCAUACACCGAUUUGACGAUCCGCAAGAUUUCGAUGCUUUUAGAGAUGUUUAAUAUCAGAUGGAGCAAACUUCCACGGACAUAUAUCAUCCUUCGGAUCAUCGGCUAUCCAGAUCUCCUCGACCGUCUCAUAGAUUUCGGAUUUUCAGACUAUUGGUUUCCUAUCGGCGAGCAAGACCUGCAGGAUUGUCUAGAGCCACCCAUCCGAGCAGCGUUCGUCAACACUCAGGGUCUCGUAUGUACGAAUUUGUUGGACCUCGAACUCGGUCAGGGUGGACAGCAUUGUUACUUCAAGCAAGGAGAGCCACUCCCGUUUGACUACAAAGCCAUCUUGGGCACCGGCGGGUAUGGUCGGGUGCACAAAGUCGUCAGCCAUACCACCUCGAAGGAAUACGCUUUGAAGAGAGUGCAUCGGAAUACUGCCUCCACGGGCUGGCAGGAGAGUGCGAUCACGCAAUUUAUCAGCGAAAUUGAAAUUCUGAAGCGCCUGAGACACCGCCACAUCGUAAAAUUCGUUGGGAGCUAUACGGAUCUGGAUUACGUCGGCCUUCUAAUGAGUCCGGUCGCUGAUAUGAAUCUAAAGGACUAUCUAGGGCGCGUCGCUCCAUCGAAAUACCCGGAGUUGCGAACCUUCUGUGGCUGCCUAGCUACAGCACUGGAAUUCCUACAUGCGAGGAAGAUCCGACACAAGGAUAUCAAGCCGAGCAAUAUCCUUGUAAACCAUGGCAAUGUCCUAUUCACAGAUUUUGGCUUAUCUCUCGACUUUGAGGAUGCAGACGGUAGUACUACUACGGGUAUAGACAACGGAAGGACUCCCAGAUAUUGCGCGCCUGAGGUCGCUGAGCUUGAAUCCCGUAACACAAAAUCUGAUGUCUGGAGCCUUGGGGUUGUCUUCGUGGAGAUGACUGUUGUGCUCAAGGGUAGGACGAUCCAGGAUAUGGACGAGUUUUUCGAAGGGCAUGGGUCCGGGCGGAAGUACAUUCGCACUAACCCCGCAGCUUUCAAGGAGUUUACCACGGAACUUGAAGGGAUUGGAGAGUCGACUGAUAACAGGGCUUUAGACUGGGCUGCACAGAUGCUUGUGGUGGAGCAACAAAAGCGGCCCACGGCAUCCGAGCUGGUCACAUCCAUCACGUCACCUGGCGAGGAAGGAGAAGGUUCGGAAUUCUGUGGGAUCUGUUGCGUUUCUGCUGAUGCUGAAGUGGACGAGUUUUGGGAUUGA